UCCUCCGUCAAGUUCUCCCCCAACGGCGCUCUCCUCGCCUCCUCCUCCGCCGACAAAACCCUCCACCUCUUCUCAGCCCCCACCCUCUCCUCCCUCUCCUCCCUCUCCGGCCACUCCGAGGGCGUCUCCGACCUCUCCUUCUCCUCCGACGCCCGCUACCUCUCCUCCGCCUCCGACGACAAAACCCUCAAGAUCUGGGACACCGAAACCUCGACCCCGAUCAAAACCCUAACCGGCCACACCAACUACGUCUUCUGCUGCUGCUUCAACCCGCAGUCGAACAUGAUCGCGUCGGGGAGUUUCGAUGAGACGGUUAGGGUUUGGGACGUGAAGUCGGGCAAGUGCUUGAGGAUCCUGCCGGCGCAUUCUGAUCCCGUGACCGCGGUGGAUUUCAAUAGGGACGGGAGUUUGAUUGUCUCCAGCAGCUUCGAUGGGCUGUGUAGGGUUUGGGAUACGGGGACGGGGCAUUGCGUGAAGACGUUGAUCGAUGAGGAGAGCCCGCCGGUUUCUUUUGUUAGGUUUUCUCCUAAUGGGAUGUAUGUUCUUGCUGCCACCCUCGACGGGACGCUGAGGCUCUGGAACUUCUCAACUGGGAAAUUUCUGAAGAUUUACAGGGGACAUGCCAACUCAAAGUACAGUAUCCCUGCUACAUUCUCGGUAACAAAUGGAAAGUACAUUGUCAGUGGCUCAGAAGACAACUAUGUUUAUCUGUGGGAUCUCCAAACCAGGAAGAUAGUUCAGAAACUUGAAGGCCAUACAGAUACUGUCAUCGGUGUAACUUGUCAUCCGAAAGAGAACAUGAUUGCGUCUUGUGCUCUCGAAAACGAUAAGACAGUGAAAGUGUGGGUGCAAAAGGAUGAGGAUCAAAUGGAGAACGAAUGAAACUUAAUCAGGGCUAUAUUCAUGUAGAAUGCAGGCCAGCAUUGAGUUGCCACCAAUGUAAACUCUGGUUUAAUGCUCAAUGACAUGGAUUCAUAUGAAGUUCUAAUUGACUGUUCCAACUGACAGAGGGAAAUUACAGCAGUUAACAGAGAAUCUUAUAUUUAUCUGUAGUUUCGCACUUGUGUGUGAUUACUCCGCUGCUAUCUUGUUGCAUGACUAAGUUUGUCUGCAUCGUCAAAUUUGAAUGUCACAAUUCUUUUCUUAUACCUGCAAGCGUAGUAUAUUGCUUCCGAGUCUUGUUUAGGUCUUCCCCAUGCUAGUAUCAGUAUAAGUUGGGGGAUUCCUUAAUUGAUGAAAUAGGCAUUGGGGCUGUUGUUGUUUAA